AUGUUCGAUCGACGCCAUGACAUUAUUGCCGCCUUUUUAUUUUUCGCCCUUGCCAGGUCGUCUACGGCAGCCAUGGACAAGUACAGCGACCAACGCAGCUCUACUGCCAACGAUUCCGACGUCCAUCCCGUCUCGUUGGAGAAGGAAGGCCUCUUGGACGAGAAUUCGUUGCGUGCGUCCGAAUCACCAAAGAUGCCGUCCUGCACGCGCGUGUACCUUGCCCUGGCUGCCGUCUUGGCCGUUGCGAAUUUGAUUCUUGGUGCGCUCCUCGUCGUUCAGUUCCGGAGUAGCCAGGCCAAGGCAACGCCGCAUUCUCAUCGCCACCACGACAACGCGAAAAGGCCUACUCCUCCGCCGAUUCCGCUUGGGGGUCUGCCGCAGGUGAAUUCGCACCCAGACUGGCUGCCCCCUGAAGAGUGGCGCACAGAGGUCUUUCGCCUUCACGAGAUUUACGGAGAAGAGCCAGUCGGCACGGCAAAGGAGGCGUGGCUGUCGCUGAUUCCAAAGGGCAAGGGAUUCAUCGUUGUGAAAAACGACACCGAACUGCCCAGCAUGCCGGGUCUCCGCCACCCCGAGCACGAACAACACGCCUGCGUGGCAAUAUUUCACCAACUGCACUGCCUGGUACGUGGCCCUCGACCGGAUAGAUCCCUGCUCACUCCCGCCCGUCUCCAAGGAAGCCAUCGUCGAGGUCCUGGGGCUGACACGCACCCCCAGUACAUCACCUACGCGGCGUACUGGAACGCCCGCGCCGGCAACUUUGACGACAUCCCGCCGGAGCACCUCAUCCACUGCUGGGACUAUCUGAGACAGAGCAUAAUGUGCGCCGGCGACACUUCCCUGGAGUGGGUGCACAGGCUGGACAAGCCCCCGGGCCAGACGUCGGGAUGGGGCUACCAGCACACCUGCAAGAACUUUGACGCCAUCUUUGACUGGACCGAGUCGCACAGAUACACUGAAAAGAUUGAGAUUGAUUAA